UCAGAGCAGGGAGAGUAUAAACACCAGCAGGACCUACUCUGGGCUUUAAAAACCUGCGAACACUGCCUCCAAACUGCCUGGGGGGUGAUGUGCUGAAGUGGCACGGGGAGAGCAGCAUGAGCCUCCAGCUGGAGAAGCAGCUCCUGUUCCUGUCCCUGCUCUGCAUCCUCUCCAAGGUUUGUGCCCAGCUGUGCCGGCGGCCCUGCUACUGUCCCUGGGUGCCACCGCGCUGUCCCCGCGGCUCCCCGCUGGUCCUGGACGGCUGUGGCUGCUGCAAGGUCUGUGCCCGGCGCCUGGGAGAGCCCUGCGACUUCCUGCACGUCUGUGACCAGAGCCAGGGCCUCGUCUGUGACUACAGCUCAGCACCUGCGGGCACAGCAGGCACCUGCAACUUUGAGGACGAUGAGGAGGGCUGCGAGGUGAAUGGCCGGCUCUACCGAGACGGGGAGGUUUUCCAGCCCAGCUGCAAGAUCCAGUGCCACUGCCUGGACGGGGGCUUCACCUGCAUCCCGCUGUGCCAGGAGGACGUGCGGCUGCCCAGCCCCGACUGCCCCUUCCCCCGGCGCGUGGAGAUCCCAGGGAAGUGCUGCCCCGAGUGGGUCUGCGAAGGUGCCCGGGAGCAGCCCCUGCCCCGCGAUGCCAGGGCAGCCCCCGGGGCGGUGUCCCCGCUGCUGCGGUACCCCUGCCCGCCAUGGGGCACGGAGUGGAGCCCCUGCUCGGCCACCUGCGGGCUGGGCUUUGCCAGCCGCGUGUCCAACCAGAACCGCCUGUGCCGCCUGGAGACCCAGCGGCGCCUCUGCUCGGCCGGGCCCUGCCCGGCCCUGCCCGCAGCGCUGCCCGCGAGGGCAAGAGGAGGUCUUUUGUAGCUGUGCCCACCCUGGAUUCACCCUGGAGCCAACACCUCAUCCUGCAAAGAGUCAGGCACAAACCCAUGGCACUGUGAUUAUGGUGAAGAUGGAGGCUGUUUCCACUGGGAAAACAGAGAAGAAAUGAUGGACUUUGGCUGCAAAGGAGGCUGGAAACAGAGAACAAGAUCCCCGUGUCACCCAUCACCUGCCUCCUCUGCACACCCCGCUGCCCCAGGCAGGGGUACUGGGCAGCAUUCCGAGUUCCUUAGGCUGAAUGAAAUGGGAAAUGGGGAAAUCCUGUUCCAAGCAUAAACCACCCAAGAAACCAGGAAUUGGUCCUUUCCUGGAGCAGUGAGGCUUCUGAAGAGGUGAUGCUCCUUCUCUGCCACAUCACACAGCUCUGCUUUGCAGGGACUUCAGGAGAGACCAUCUCCAGCACCUGGAAGCCAAAAUCCCUGCAGGGAACCCUCACGCCCUGGCCCCCCAGGGAGGGAGCAGGUCAUCGAGCUCCCUGUGACCCCACAAGUCACUGCCACACCAGGCUGAGCUGCUCAGCCACGCAGGAGCUCAGCCAGCCCACGGUACCCACCCUGCCUUCCCGGGCACGGGCAGGGUCCUGCUGAUGGCAGCUCUAACUCACCUUCCCCUCAUCCCUCCAGAAUAAACACGAGCCUUCCCGCUCUGCCUGGCCUCCUCCUCUGGUGGUUUGGCAGGGCUUCGGCAAGCCAGGAGCUCAGACAGCAGCAGACAGACCCGCCUGCCAUCCAAGCACAUUCCCCUCGAGCCGGGGCCAAGGGAGAAGCAGGGAAAAGGGAAAACAAAUCGCAAAGAUGAGUCGGGGCCGUCUCCCGACGGGCUGGAGCUGCUCCAGCCAUGCAGGAGUCGGCGCAGGAGAGCUGCUCGGCUGCUCUGGCUGUACUUUGUCCCAGGGAAAAGUGCUUCUGGGUGAUGGAAAGUGAAACCCAAAUGCCCUCUAACGGCCUCGCACAGAUGUGCAGAGGGAACGCGCAGCUGGAAGGAGCCGCGGUUUGGGUGACACGUCCAGGUGAGAGAUGGACUUCUUAGAUGGGUAUUUCUGGAACUAAAAAUAAA